AUGGGUAUUGAAAAUUCCAAACCAAAACGAAAGAGUAUCGACGAGCAUAUUUCGAAGAAGAAACGACCGUCAUUUGUGUUCAAAUCACACGAGAAAAAAGCGAACGAUAAAGAUUUCGAUAUAAGUAGAGAAGAGUAUCGAAAACUUAUCGAGGCUGCCCGUCGUGCAUCUCUUCCAAUGAUGAUAUUCGAACGAUCAUUGUUAGAAGCAAAUCUCGUCUUUGACAGAAAUGAUUCGAUGACAUGUCGAGUGUGUGGUGAUAAAGCUCGCAUUAAAUUCUAUGGUGUGUUGUCAUGUCAAUCAUGUAAAACGUUCUUUCGUCGAUAUAAUUUACAUCCUGAAAUUGUUCGAUCGUGUCAAUACAAUGAUGAAUGUGAAGUGAAUAUGUUAACUCGACAUACAUGCGCCGCAUGUCGUCUAGCAAAAUGUUUUUCCACUGGAAUGAAGGCAAAUCUUAAUCAUCUUUUAACCAAUGAUCGUUCGUUACUGACUCCAGCACAAUGGACAUUGAUUUCGAAUGUUGUACAUGCUUUUGACAGAUUUGGAAUAAUGUCUAAAAUGAAAUACCUUGCUCAAAAUGUUUCGUUAACAAACUUAAAAACGCAAUUUACUCAAGACAAUGCUUUUAAAAUGAUCGGCUCGGCGUAUAUGUCAAUGCAGUCAUUAAUUGAUUGUACACCUGAAUUUCAAGUACUUUGUAUCAAUGAACAGAAAUCUCUUCUCCAGCGUAACUUACAUGGGAUUGGCUGUUUCUAUUCAAAUCUUCUUUAUCGUGAUAGUGAAAUAUUCGAUAAUAGUGCGUGUUGUCUAAGUUAUGUAUUAGCUUAUGGAUUUAAUAACAUUGAACAAUCGAAGAUUCUAGUUAAACGUCUCGAUAUUGACUCUACAUUAUUUCAACUGUUACUUAUUAUCAUCGCGUUUUCUUCCAAUUGUUUUAUUGUCGAUUUUGACAGUUCGAAUAUUCUUCAUGAUAGUUUUCUAUUCGGAACAUUUCGUCUAUUUGGAAGUCAAAAUAUUUAUGUUGAACUGCUUUGGAAAUAUAUGAACUAUCGGUACGGUUAUAAUGCGACGAUCAUUCGAUUUAGUAAACUUAUUGGACAUGUAGUGAAUAUGUUGGGAUAUAUAGCAGAAGUUUAUACAACUCAUUCGGUUCAUCGGACUUUUGUUGAUGAAGUCGUUGAGGAAACGAAAGAUAUCUUAGAUUUGGCACAAGUUAAACGCAUCGCUUGCUUGAUUACCGAUAAUAGUGCAUACUCAAAAGCAUUCCGUUUGAAAGAAUCUAUUCGCUUGAAAACGCCAUCAAAACGAUCUUUAUCAUUAACAUUUGAAUUUGGAGAAAAUAACGGUAAAAAAGUCUUUUCUCACAGUGUAAAGUCUGCGGCGACAAGGCUUUUAUCAUAA